GUCAGCUGACACUUUUGCUGUCAUUUAAGUUUAGUCUUAUGAUUCAAUUUUCCAAAUACUUCAUAGUUAUUGAAAAAUUAAUUUGGAAAUCAUUUGAACAUUACGUGGUUGGCUGAUAAGGAGAAAUUUAAUUUUUUAGUAAAAAAAUACCCAAAUUGCAAAAAUGACAGGCUUAAAAAAAUUUGACGAUGAAGAUAAUGAAAAUAGAUAUGGACGUGUUUAUGCAGUUUCUGGACCUGUCGUAACUGCUGAGAGAAUGUCAGGAUCAGCUAUGUAUGAAUUGGUUCGCGUAGGAUAUUACGAACUCGUUGGUGAAAUUAUUCGCUUAGAAGGCGAUAUGGCUACAAUUCAAGUGUACGAAGAAACGUCAGGAGUGACAGUAGGUGAUCCGGUACUUCGUACCGGAAAGCCCUUGUCUGUUGAGCUUGGUCCAGGUAUUAUGGGAAGUAUAUUUGAUGGUAUUCAGCGACCCCUGAAGGAUAUAAAUGAAAAAACAGAAUCAAUAUAUAUACCAAAAGGAAUUAAUGUUCCUUGUUUGUCGCGUACUCAACAUUGGGAGUUCAAUCCUCUGAAUGUAAAGGUUGGUUCUCACAUAACAGGUGGUGACUUGUUCGGAAUUGUACAUGAAAAUACUUUAGUGAAACAUAAAAUGAUAGUUUCGCCAAAAGCGAAAGGUACUGUCAAAUUUAUUGCACCACCAGGAAAUUAUACCGUGGAAGAUGUAGUUCUAGAAACAGAAUUUGACGGCGAAAAAACCAAACAUACUAUGUUGCAAGUAUGGCCUGUUCGUCAACCGCGACCAGUAACAGAAAAACUGCCUGCUAAUUACCCGCUCUUAACAGGUCAAAGAGUUCUUGAUUCACUUUUUCCAUGUGUUCAAGGGGGAACCACCGCCAUACCUGGAGCUUUUGGUUGUGGAAAAACUGUCAUUUCACAAGCUUUGUCCAAAUAUUCUAAUUCUGACGUAAUAAUAUAUGUUGGGUGUGGUGAACGUGGAAAUGAGAUGUCUGAAGUAUUGAGAGAUUUUCCUGAAUUGUCUGUUGAAAUCGAUGGAGUAACAGAAAGUAUUAUGAAACGAACUGCGUUAGUCGCAAACACAUCAAAUAUGCCAGUUGCUGCCCGAGAGGCGUCUAUAUACACGGGAAUUACCCUAUCGGAAUACUUCCGAGAUAUGGGCUACAAUGUGUCUAUGAUGGCUGAUUCAACUUCGCGUUGGGCAGAAGCUCUUCGUGAAAUUUCGGGUCGAUUAGCUGAAAUGCCCGCUGAUUCUGGUUAUCCAGCAUAUUUAGGGGCCCGUCUUGCCUCAUUUUAUGAGCGUGCUGGUCGUGUGAAAUGUUUAGGAAAUCCGGAACGUGAGGGGUCUGUUUCUAUUGUAGGUGCUGUAUCACCACCUGGAGGCGAUUUUUCCGAUCCUGUGACAUCUGCAACACUUGGUAUUGUUCAAGUUUUUUGGGGCUUGGAUAAGAAGUUGGCACAGCGUAAACAUUUUCCAUCGAUAAACUGGUUAAUUUCUUACAGCAAGUAUAUGCGUGCCUUAGAUGAUUUUUAUGAUAAGAAUUUUCCGGAAUUUGUCCCUCUACGCACAAAGGUAAAAGAAAUUUUGCAGGAAGAGGAAGAUCUUUCUGAAAUUGUUCAACUUGUUGGAAAAGCUUCUUUGGCUGAAACUGAUAAGAUAACUCUUGAAGUCGCAAAAUUAUUAAAAGAUGAUUUUUUACAACAAAAUUCUUAUUCAUCUUAUGAUCGUUUUUGCCCUUUUUACAAAACAGUAGGUAUGUUAAAAAAUAUAAUCGCAUUUUAUGAUUUAGCUCGUCAUGCUGUUGAAUCUACUGCACAAUCGGAAAACAAGAUAACUUGGAACGUUAUUAGAGACUCAAUGGGCAAUAUUAUGUAUCAACUAUCGUCAAUGAAAUUCAAGGAUCCAGUUAAAGACGGCGAGUUAAAAAUUAAAGCUGAUUUUGACCAGCUUCAUGAAGAUAUGCAACAAACAUUCAGAAAUUUGGAAGAUUAAUUAAUCUAAGAGUUUUUAAAACAUUAUGUGUAUAAAUAAGCACACAAUCUUAAUAGUAUUAUUUGUUGAUAUGUAUAUUUAUCUGAAAUUUAAAUAAAAAUAUUAAAUGUGUGUUUACCGAAUGUAGCUUCUUAGCGAAAUUUGUUUAAAUCUAAUUAUAAUAUUUUGCUUUGUUGUAUAAAAGUGAAAUAGAAUUGUAAUUCGUUUGUGUAAUUUAAAUUAAAAGUUAUUAAUAAAAGUUGAAAGGAAUCAAAAAGAAUUAUCAUUUAAAUUCAAAGUAA